AUGCUUUCAAACUCCACUCUGAGGGCUCUCCGGAGUCCUCUAGUCACGGGCUUCAGGACCACGACCGCUGUUGGCCGGACACAACCAUUUCGGCAAAUUAGAUGCUCAUCAUCUUCUUCUUCUUCUCCUUCUUCUAAGCCGUCAUUGAGUGGAAGCUUCUACAAGACGUUUGGAAGGCCGAUAUUGAAAGUUGUGCUCUCUGCCAUGUUUGUCUAUCAGGUCGCUUAUUACGCCUGGGUCAAGAUGGAGACGGAUGAGAUCACGCGGGACCGCCAAGCUGAGAUCGCCAAGCUGGAGGACCAGCUCAGCGCUUUGCAAGCGCCUGUUGAGUCACCCAAGGAUGCCACCAACGUUGCAGGGAAGAGGUAA